AAAUUCAAAUAAUGGGAGAGGGAGAGGGAAAGGGAAAGGGAAAGGGAAAGUCACAAAAAGCUCAAGGUUCUAAAUGAACUGCUGAUCCUUGAACCGAAAGCUUGGGCAUUACCUACCUUUGCCACCCUUGUCUUUUAAGCAAAACUCACACCCAGAGGUCCACCAGAACACACACACUGCCCCCCUCUCUCAGCCAUUGGGUGCUUAACAAGGAACUUCCCACUCUUUCUCUUUCCACUCUUUCAACACUGCCCCCUUAACUUAGCUGCUGCAUGUCAAGGAAGUAACCUUAUCUGCAGCCUGAGUUUCUCUGAAGGAACCAUAUUCAGAUGGGUUCAUUUCAAACACCGAUAGGAAUGCGAAGCUCCAAUCUUCUCGAAACUUCAUGUGGAUACCUGCUUCAAGAACUGCAGAUGAUUUGGAAUGAAGUUGGACAAGAUCACUUUGAAAGGGAGAAGGUACUGCUGGACCUAGAACAGGAAUGCCUAGAGGUUUAUCGGAAGAAGGUUGACGCUGCAAAUACAUCCAGAGCUCGCCUGCACCAGGAGUUGGCAGAAGCUGAGGCUGAAUUUACCCAUCUUCUUUUGUCCCUUGAUGAACGAUCUCUCCCUGGACGGCCAGAAAAAAUGGCGGGAACACUGAAAGAGCAGCUAGAUUCAAUCACGCCGGCUUUGAGGGAAAUGAGAUUGAGGAAAGAAGAAAGGGUGAAUCAGUUCCGAACUGUACAAGGGCAAAUUCAGAAAAUUUCUGCAGAAAUAGCAGGUCAAUCGGAAUCAGAAUAUGAUGACUUAUCAUCAGAUAUCAUGGUGAAUGAGAAUGAUCUAUCCUUGAAGAAACUAGAGGAGUAUCAGACAGAGCUACAAAGACUCCGCAACGAGAAGAAUGAAAGGCUCAUGAGGGUGGAACAAUAUAUAGAUGCAGUCCACAAAUUGUCUUCAAUAUUAGGAACAGACUCCUCCAUGGUCAUCACCAAGGUUCAUCCAAGCUUAAAUGACUUAUGUGGGAUAACCAAAAACAUAAGCAACAGUAUUUUGGCUAAGCUUAACAGCACGGUGGAAUCUCUAGAUGAAGAAAAGCAAAAACGACUUGAUAAGCUUCACCAUCUUGGCAAAGCAUUGACAAACUUAUGGAAUCUCAUGGACACACCCUAUAAAGAUCGUCAAUCGUUUUCCCAUGUUACUGGCUUAUUAUCACUCUCAUCAGCAGAAGUAUCAGAUCCAGGAAGCCUAACCCUAAACAUAAUCCAGCAGGCCGAAGCUGAAGUCAGGAGAUUGGAUCACUUAAAAGCAAGCAAGAUGAAAGAACUAUUUUUCAAGAAACAGAAUGAGCUCAAGGAGAUAUGCAAUAAAUCACACAUGGAGAUUCCCUUGCAGUCAGAGACUGAUAAUCUAAUUAACCUCAUUAACUCUGGGGAGAUUGACCAUGCAGAUCUUCUCAUGAGCAUGGAUCAACAGAUAUCAAGAGCAAAAGAAGAAGCUUCUAGUAGAAUGACUAUCAUGGAAAAGGUGGAAAAGUGGAUGCUAGCACGUGAUGAGGAGCGUUGGUUGGAAGAAUACAGCAGAGACGAGAACCGGUACUCGGUCAGCAGAGGUGCACACAAGAACCUGAGACGUGCAGAACGCGCCCGAGUAUUAGUCAACAAAAUCCCAGCUUUGGUGGAUUUGCUAAUAGCAAACACUAAGAGUUGGGAAGAGGAAAGAAAGAAAACUUUCUUGUAUGAUGAGGUACCUCUCCUAGCAAUGUUGGAAGAGUAUAAUGUGCUAAGGCAGGAAAAGGAGGAGGAUAAGCAAAGACAAAGGGAAAUGAAGAAGGUCCAAAGCCAAGUAGCAGUUGAGCAAGAAAACUUGUUUAUUACCAGGCCAAGCACCAGUGCAAGGCGAACUUCAACCAGAAGUGUGAAUGGAGGUUUUAGCAAUGCCAUACCUCUAAACAGAAGGCUUUCCCUGGGCCUUCAGCAAUUGGGACCAAACAGCAUAAACUCAGGCACUCAAGGCAUAUCCUUUAUAAAGGAAGGUAAGAAGGCACGGGGACAAAAGAUGUUUGCUCGACCUGGCCUUGUUUCUCACCUCAGAGAUGAAACAGCUUCAGUGGUAUCAACAUUUUCCGGCCCACAAUCUCCCUGAAUGUUCUCCGAUUCGUCACCCUUCAUGUGCUGUGGGGAAACAUGGGGCAGAAAGUGUGUGCGGAAAGACAUAAUAGAUCAUGCAGAAGAAUAAGUUCAGCUAUCAUAUCAGCUAAAGAGCCUAUGUAUUUAUGAAUUACCCCUGUACCAGAAGUGUCUAGAAUUUUAGGCAAUUGUAAUUGCAAAGGCGAAUAAAUAAGUUCUAGGAUUGUUGUUUGAUAUUAAGCAUGUUAGCUUUUGUCCAAAUCAUGGAUUGGACACUGUAAUAUUGCAAGGAAUGUUAUAAGUGAUAUACAAACUGAUCAGACUUCCAAAACA